AUGGCGUCGGCGGUUUUCAUCCUCAAUUUGGGAGGAAAGACCAUCAUCUCCCGCAAUUACCGAGCUGACAUUCCUAUGUCGGCUGUGGAAAAAUUCAUGCCGUUGCUGUCUGAGGCUGAAGAUGAGCACGGUUGUGCGAUUCCCUGUAUGACUCACGAAGGAAUUAAUUAUAUCUUUAUCCAGCACAAUGAUGUAUUUCUGCUAGCACUGUCUAAGAAAAAUACCAAUGCAAUGGAGAUCCUUGUCUUCUUGAGAAAGCUUGCAGAGCUGUUCACGGACUAUUUCAAGGAGCUUCAAGAAGAGUCAAUUCGCGAUAACUUUGUUGUUGUUUACGAGCUCCUGGAUGAAGUUAUGGAUUUCGGCUUUCCUCAAACAACGGAAACGAAAAUUCUGCAAGAAUACAUCACACAGUCAUCAAACAAGGUGGAAACGCAGGCUCCUCCUCCUCUCGCAAUGACAAAUGCCAUCUCAUGGCGUUCAGCCGGUAUUCAUUACCGCAAGAACGAGGUGUUCUUGGACGUAAUUGAAUCGCUCAACAUGAUCAUCAAUGCUGAGGGAAAUGUCAUCCAGAGUGAGAUUAUGGGUCUCAUUCACAUGAAAUGUUACCUCUCUGGCAUGCCCGAACUUCGGCUUGGACUUAAUGACCGUAUGCUCUUCAAGGCAGCCGGCCGUACUAUAAAAGGUAAAUCAGUCGAAAUGGAAGAUGUCAAAUUCCAUCAAUGUGUGCGGUUAUCACGCUUCGAAAACGAUCGGACAAUCUCUUUCAUUCCGCCAGACGGCGAGUUUGAUCUUAUGAGCUAUCGGCUCACAUCAAAUGUGCGCCCUCUGAUUGCCGUCGAGUGCAAUACGAAGCUUCAUGCAGGCUCUCGAAUUGAGUUCAUGAUCAAGGCUCGUGCCCAGUUCAAGAAAAAAUCAAUUGCCAAUAGUGUUCAAAUUAUCGUGCCGGUGCCCGAAGAUGCAGAUACUCCACGUUUCCAAACGACAACGGGAACGACCAAAUACGCACCGGAGCAGGCUGCUCUUUUAUGGAAUAUUAAAAAGUUUGCCGGUGGUAAGGAGUAUUACAUGAAGGCAGAAAUGGGGCUUCCCAGCGUCCGAAACGAAGAAUCGACAUUGUCAAGCAAACGGCCCAUACAGGUGAAAUUCUCGAUUCCCUACUUCACUGUUUCCGGUAUUCAAGUUCGAUACUUGAAAAUCACGGAGCCCAAGCUCAAUUAUAAGGCCAUGCCUUGGGUUCGGUAUACGACGCAAAACGGAACGGAGUACUCCAUUCGUCAACUGUAG